GAGAAACGUAGAGAGCUGAAAUUUGAUGGUCGCCUAGAAAAAGAGCUUUAUGAAAGCUACGCGUUUCUGAUGGUUGAUCGAUCUCGGAUCCAAAGCAUAUGUGAAAAGGGACUGCAGGUGGGCCACUCCAAAAUAACAAUUCUUGGCAGCCCUUCCAUGGGUGUAUACAUCUCCAGGUAUGCUGAUUUGUUGCAGCCUAAUCCUCUAGAAGCUGGAGCAACUGGAGAUGUGAUUGUUUUUAAAGUAAUAAAGGGAAAAAUGAAAAGCAUAUAUGACCACAUCGGUAUGAAAGCAAUGGAAUCAACAGUAAAGAGUGCGUUAGAUCCAACACCAAAGCACGAGUGUCAUGUUUCAAAGAAUGCAAAUAAAGUAACAUCCUUGUUGGCUUAUCGAGCCUACGAACUUACUCAGUACUAUUUCUAUGAAUAUGGCUUUGAUGAAAUAAGACGAAGACCAAGACAUGUUUGUCCUUACGCUGUUGUUUCAUUUAUUUAUAAAGAUGAAAUGGCACAAGUACCAAAAUUCUUGCCCCCGUCGAGAUCAAACAGCUUUAACACAGAUAGAAGUACAGACAGAUCUAACUAUACGUUAUGGAGGGGACAGCUUUGGAAUAAAGGCAAACUUCUGUGCCAUGUUUCCUUAAAGUCAGCAGCACGUCCUUUCCUUCCAUGCAAGCUUCCUGAGAAGCUUGAGGUUGAAAAAGUUGUGAGCAUUGAUCAAUUGAAGAAAAAAAUUACACCAGCAUUGUUCUAUAAAGAAACUUACCUAGGAGCAAAAGAAGUGUUGAAGAACGGUAUGUACUGUAGCCUUUAUGAAGUUGUGGAGAAGACUCGUUCUGGUAGUCACUUGGAGGGUUUACUUCAAAAACUAGAGAAGGAGAAACUUGUUCUUGUAAAGCCACUUCUGGACAGAGGGUUUCUUUUUCUUCUUUCACCUUGGCAAAUGAUGUCCCCUUACGACCACCAAACUGGACGGCCCCGCAUGCUACAUGCAUUGUUUCUGUUUCCAGAACCUAGAGGUGUAACAAGCUCAAGUAAUGUUCCGUUUGGAACACAGAAAAAUUCAACUACCAUGGUUUUGCACGAAAAUCAGGAAAUCAUUCCAGAAUUCACAAAGUUUAUUCAGUCUCUACAUUUUGCUUUAAUCCAGUCUCGUAAAGACGCUACUGCAGAUUUCAAUGCUGUUGUGGAAAAGUAUAUAAAUGAGUAUUUGAAAAGAUGCUAUAGUGGCUCUGGAAAACAUAGAGAAUUUGUAUUAUAUCGGUAUGCAUCACGGUUGGAUGACAAAAAAUUUCUUUAUGCUGCUCCAAAAAAUAAAUCUCAUAUUGACAGCUCCUUGCAAAACUAUAUUUUUGGUUGUGAGGCAUAUCAACUACCUGUUUCUAGAGCUAAGGAAUUGAUGGAGGGAAAUCGGAAACCCCAGCAGUUCAGUCCCAUCUCAGAUUAUGAAGCCAUAGAAGACUCUGAUUUUGCCAACGCAAAAAGUGGGAAAAGAAUCCGUGCAAAAUACGAAGCCACUGCUGCCAAGCAGAAACUGCCUCAUUCUGGAGAUUAUGAUCCUGACAGACUCAAAGAACUUAUUAAUCUAAUCCAGUGUAGGAAAAAAAAUGUAGGUGGAGAUUCUGAUUCUGAAGACCUUAGAAAUAAAAGCGGUCUGAAAAGGAAGCUGGAAAAACAGUCUGAAAAUUUGCGGAAAUACUUAAAAAUGAGUGAACCUUCAGAGAAUAGUUAUCAGUAUGAAGGGGGCAGAACCUCGGAUUCGUCGCACUGUGUUUUCCCAGUUAACACUGGUCUUGGUGGACACGAUACUGACCUGAGGCAGCAAGAUGUUCCUGACCCCGCUGUUAGUGACACACAAGGCCUCAUUAAACUGCUUUUAGAUACACUAGCUAGUGCAGGACACGUGGAUUCAUCGUUGGCACAGUCUGUAAAUCAAGCUUUAGGAUUAAGCACUGAUGAAAUUGAAGAGGAUAUGAGACAAAAAUAUGAAUAUGAAUCCAUUCCAGCACAGGACAAAGAUGAUCAUGAGCUUCCUAAUACUGCUCAAGCUGAAAAUGUUAACUUUAAGGACCCACAGAGCCCAGUGAUACUGGAAACAGAUGCGGCGUGCUUACCUUACCCUGUUGAUGUUGAUCUACGGCUUUCAGCUAAUGGAGCAAGCCUUGAACACACGCUGCAUUUAAAAGAAGCAAGCACUGGAAGUAUAAGUAGUUUUGAAGAUUACAAUGCCUGUCCUAGUACACCUAUAGAACAUGUUUAUCGCAGGCAACAUUCCAACUCAAAUAAUAUAGGAGAAGUUGGAAUGCACUGGAAACUUAUUCCAAUUACAGGUCUGAAAUCACCAGAAGAACCACUGGUGUAUUUACCACCAAAGGAUGCCUUUCCUAAUGACCCCCGGGUAAUAAGUAGACAGAGAAGUUCUGAUUAUCAGUUUCCGUACUCUCCAUUUUCAGACACACAAAAGGGGACAGCAGAAGAUGGACUUUAUACAAGACAAGUCGAGAAACUUGAAGAUCAGUGUGGGCUAGCAGAUCUCCCUUUUACAACCAAGCAUUCCAUUAGUGCAGUAAUAGAGACUAUACUAUUAGAAGAAUAUAAUCUCUUUGCAAGAAAGAUUCAAGAAAUUUUGCACCAAAAGAAUAUUGCUUAUGUUAGUGGUAUGUCCACACCAGUCUUCUCUGCCCGAGAGAGGAUAAUGAGACUUUCCGAACACUUAUGCUUACAGGCAUCAGAGGUUUCUGUCCAAGAAUAUGUAGAGUCACUGAGUGAAAAGUUUAGUGUUAUUUUGUCGUCUUCGUGCAUUAGGCAUACGCCACCUAUUUAUUCCAGUCCUGAAUCGGCGGAAGCGGUUAGUAACGCCGCCCUGAAUCCUCCACCCGACACGUUGCCUGUUUGCCGGGACUCCGACACAGCGCUGUUACCAGAGCAGUUGUGUAAUAACGUGACGGAAGAUCUGGAUUCUAAUGAGCAGCAUUUGUCAAGCGUCCCUGCAGUGAAGGAGGAAAUGGAUGAUGCGUGUGCUAAACCAGAGGAUGUGCUGCCAGCUGAUCAGACCUGUGCCAGUGCUGAUCUGAUGGAGCCACCAGACAAGACACAGAAAUGCACAGAGAACUUAAACAUUUCGACCCAACCAGCCUUUUCUGAUUUUAUAAGCCAGUUAAAACCUGAACAAUUCAACAGUUUGGUCAAAAUUAUUAAAGAUAUACAGAAAAACACUGUGAAAUUUUAUAUUCAUGAAGAGGAGGAAAGUGUUCUCUGCAAAGAAAUCAAGGAAUAUCUUACAAAGUUAGGUAAUACAGAGUCCCACCCAGAACAGUUCCUUAAAAGAAGAGCUGCUUUAGAUAAACUGUUGAUAAUCAUCCAAAACGAGGACAUCGCCAACCUCAUCCACAAGAUACCUGGCUUAGUAACUUUGAAGAGGCUUUCUUGUGUCAGCUUUGCCGGUGUCGAUAGCUUGGACGACGUGAAAAAUCACACUUACAAUGAGCUGUUUGUGUCAGGUGGUUUUGUUGUGUCAGAUGAAUCUGUGCUUAAUCCAGAGUCCAUUACUACAGAUAAAUUAAAACAGUUCUUAAAGUUUCUGGAGGAUCUCAAUACCCCGGAUGGGAAAUGGCAGUGGAAAGUCCACUGCAAAAUACAAAAAAAGCUGAAAGAGCUGGGGAGAAUGAAUGCUAAUGCCCUGAGUCUGCUGACCCUCUUGAACACGUAUCAAAAGAAGCACUUGGUUGAGAUUCUGUCUUACCAUCACUGUGAUUCUCAAACCCGAAAUGCUCCAGAAUUAGACUGUCUCAUCAGGCUUCAGGCUCAAAACAUACAACAGAGACACAUUGUCUUCUUAACAGAGAAGAAUCUCAAGACCCUUUCAGAUUACAUUGAUAAUGGAAUAGUGGUGGCUACUGUUGAUGACUUUAUGCAAAAUUUUAAAAGUCUCGUUGGGUAUCACAACUCAGUUACUGAAGAGAACAGCCUCCCUCCCUCAGAUGCUGCUCACAAGAGACAAUCAGUUCUUGUAGAAAACGAUGAAAAGGAUGAGGAGGACAUGUCUCUGGAUUCAGGGGAUGAAACAUCACAAAUAGAAAUCUGCAGUGAUGCCUCUAAGUAUGAUACUCACUUGGAAGCUUUGCACACAGAGGCCAAGGGCUCACAUGGAGCAGAUGCAAAAGCAAGCUGCUUAUCAGUUACAGAGUUAUCUCCUGAAGCACAAAUUGGCUUGAUGGAAAAGACUUCUAAAACUGGCUUGGAAGAGAUACAGCCCAUUCCUCCAGUUUCUACAGCAUGCUCUGCUGAAGGAGAAAAACACAACUCUGUUGACCAAGCUCCUUUCAGUAACUUCCAAGUUUACGGUAGCCAAUUAAACAUGUCCCAUCAGUUCAGUCACUUUAAUGUACUCACUCAUCAGACUUUUCUGGGAGCAACAUACCCCAUUUCUUCCGCAAGUCAAAACCAAGAAGGGGGCAAUUAUUUUCUAUCUGCGUACAGUCAGAGCAUGGUUACAGAAAAGUCAUCGUUGCCUGGUGGCUGGGAUAUAAAUUGUGAUUCUUCCAGGCCAUAUUCAAACCAGAAAUAAACUCCUAAGUCUUUUUCUAAGUUGCAGUGGACUUUUCUGUUUCUAAAUGGUGGAUUAACAAUUUCUAUUUUAUUCUGGAACAAAAAUGUUUCUUGUCUUUAUCUCAAAUGUUUUCUUGUCUUAUUUAAAUCCUGACGGCCUGUACCUGUUAGAAGCAUCUGAAAAUUGAAAUAAAUAUAUAUUUUUUAACAUUUACUGUACUUGAAUUAUCUUGUUUGUUGGCAC